AGAGAACCCGGAAGAAGUGAGUUUGCUGUCAGUGCUAGCGACAGAGAGGAGGCACUCACUGAGAGCUAAGAAACCCGCAUUUAAAACAAGAUGGCAGGACUUCCCCGCAGGAUCUCUAAGGAAACUCUACGUUUGAUUGCAGAGCCUGUCCCAGGCAUCAAGGCAGAGCCAGAUGAAGGCAACGCCCGAUACUUUCAUGUGGUCAUUGCCGGACCUCAGGACUCACCUUUUGAGGGGGGCACAUUUAAACUUGAGCUCUUUUUACCAGAGGAAUAUCCCAUGGCAGCCCCUAAAGUACGCUUCAUGACCAAAAUAUAUCAUCCUAAUGUAGACAAGUUGGGGAGAAUAUGUCUAGACAUUUUGAAAGAUAAAUGGUCGCCAGCUCUGCAGAUUCGCACAGUGCUGCUAUCAAUCCAGGCGUUACUAAGUGCACCCAACCCUGAUGAUCCCCUUGCAAACGACGUUGCAGAGAAAUGGAAGUCCAGUGAAGUUGAAGCCAUAGAAACAGCCAAGUCAUGGACCAGGCUUUAUGCUGGAAGCAAAAAUGAAGUGUAGAGCAGCCCGGCAAGUGGAGAUACAAGUGGAACUCAAGUGUGAACAAAACUCCUCAUGUUCUGCCAAGACCUCUUCCUACAUCAUUUGCAUUUAAAGGACACAGUCUUAAAUAUACAUACUUAUAUAUUAUAAAAUAAACACGAAUAUAUUAUAAAGGAAAAAAGCAACUGCUGAUAAUUGGUGAUUUAAAUGCUCACCAGUGAUGAAAAAACUCGUCUUUGUCCUGACUCACUACUGUUUAAAUGCAUGGUCAGAGGUUCUUAGAUCAACUCACCAGGCUUUCUUUGCCAAUUCAUUUCGGAGAGCUUUUUCCAACUGAUGCUUUAACGAGCAUGUUAAGGGGGGGAAAGGGGUCCUACAUUUCUUAUUUUUGGGGGGUUGGGGGGGGGGGGUAUUGGCUA